UUUUUUCCCCCCAAUGGGCUGUCUCGGUGGUGCAUGAAUGCCAGUGUUCCUUGGCCAAGCUUGUGCCUGCAGCUGGGCCAAGCAUCCAGCCUGCUUUCCGAGCACCGGGUGCCAUGUGGCAGGGCCCCAGGGAUGGUGGUGCCUGAAUGUGUCCCGUUCUCUCUAUCUUACAGGCUCUGCAGUCUGCGCCUGAAGAAACUCACGGUGCUGAAAGAGCUGGACAAAGAGCUGAGCUCUGUGCUUAUCGCUGUGAAGAUUCAGGCCUGCUGCCUCUACUCUGAGCCAUGCAGAGGGAAGGGGAGAGGAUCUUUGUCACUAAGGGGAGAGGGAAUUUGCCACCAUCCUGGGUUCAAAGCGAGUCCUGAGAUCAAAUGAAUACGUCCUCCCUCCUGGUGGCCUGAUGGAGACCGAGCUGGAGCUGACCUUCUCACUGCAGUACCCACACUUCCUCAAGAGAGACGGCAACAAACUGCAGAUCAUGCUGCAGCGGAGGAAGAGAUACAAGAACCGCACGAUCCUGGGCUACAAGACCCUUGCAGUGGGCAUCAUUAACAUGGCCGAGGUGAUGCAGCACCCGACGGAUGGCGGGCAGCUUCUGGGCCUCCACAGCAACAUGAAGGACGUGAACAUCCGAGUGGCUGAAAUCAGCAUCUACUCUUUGUCCAGUCAGCCCAUCGACCACGAGGACGGGAGCAUCCCUUCGGGUCCUAAAAUCAAAGCUUCAGAUCGCUCCCCGGACAUUGAUAACUACUCUGAAGAAGAGGAUGACAGCUUCUCCUCAGAGCAGGAAGCCAGCGAUGAUGCUGUGCAGGGUCAGGAUCUCUUUGAUGAAGAAGAUGACUUGAGGAAAACCAAGAAGGCUAGGAGGAAAAUGAUCCGAACCACAUCAAUGACCAGACAACCAAACUUCAAGCAGAAAUUUGUGGCUUUGCUGAAGAGGUUUAAAGUGACAGAGGAGGUCCUGGACUCUGACCCUGUAGACCAGACCCAGGAGGUGGAGGAAGACCUGGGCUUGCUCUAUGACAGCCUGGAAGAGUGCAACAACAGUGACAGCGGCCCGGAGAUUGAGGACAAUGAGAGUGUGCACAGCACACCCAAGCCCACCCUGAGGCGUUUCUUUGAGGGAGUCUCUCAUUCUGGUUCCCAGACUGAGAUCGGCAGUCUGCACAGCCAGAAAGGGCAGGAUCAAGAGUCGGGCAGCCCUGGCAAGGCAGACACGCGGAAGCCGGGAGCGCUGCGCCCGCAGGAAGAGCCGGGAGCGGAGGUCCCUGCGGUGGAGCUGGUUGCAGAGGAGCCGUGCUCACGGCCGGCCCCCGCGGAGGCUGCCACGAGGGAGGGCGGCGCGGACAGGCUGGGCCCCGGGACCAGAGCCGAGCUCCCCAGUGCCGUGUCCCCCAGCAAGGCGGAGAGCAAGCAGCUGUGGCGUCCCCGCAGCACCUCUGUGAAGGACCGGCAGAGCUCCAAGGGGCAGGGUGGCCGCGCCAGCAGCCUGGAUAGCGAGAGCUCUCCCGAUUCCUGGCACAGCACCCAGGUGCCCCGGAAAUCUGUUUACGACCAGCUGAACCAGAUCCUGGUCUCGGACGAGCAGCUCCCUGAGAGCAUUGUGCUGGUGAACGUUGCCGAGUGGCAGGGGCAGUACGUGAGCGAGCAACUCCAGGCGCACAAGCAGUUGGUCGUAUCCACCUGCUCCGUGGCGGACAUCCAGGCAGCCUUCAACACCACGGUCUCCCGCAUCCAGCGAUACUGUAACUGUAACUCCCACAUGCCUCCCCCGGUGAAGGUGGUGGUGGCGGGAGACCAGAGCUACCUGAGUGUUGUCCUCCGUUUUUUCGUGGAGCAGCUGGCCAGCAAGACGCCCGACUGGCUCAACUACCUUCGCUUUCUCCUCGUGCCGCUGGGCUCCCACCCUCUGGCCAAGUACCUCGCCUCGGUGGAUAACAAGUACAGCACGCUCUUCCUGGACACGGCGUGGCGGGAGCUGUUCAGCAGGGCCGAGCCACCGAUUGCAGACACUGUGGACAUCGCGGGCCGCGUCACCCAGUUCAUCGCCGGAGCCAGCUUCUCUCACCAGCUCCCCAUCUCCGAGGCUAUGCUGACGUACAAGCAGAAAAGGAAGAGAAGUCUCUAUUUUGAUUUUUAUAUCAGCCCCGACGAGGACUCCUGCCAGAAGUUCGUCCCCUUUGUGGGGGUGGUGAAGGUGGGCCUGGUGGAACAGUCCUUCAGCGCUUCUGUGGAUUCGGACGAUGCCACAGCCUGCACCCCCUCCCUGCUGAGCUCAGCACCGGCUGCUGGUGCCACGGCCCCUUACGGCAAGGAGACCGUGAGCACCCCACCACCCUCCCCGUCUGUCAGCAGCGGCCUCUCCGGUGCUGGGUCUCUCAGCCCCGGCGUGGAGGUGAUGGGUCUGCAGGUGGAUUACUGGACGACGCAAGGGCUGGAAAGGAAGAAGGAGGGCGAGAAGCGAGAGACGGGUAUCAAGAACACGCUCAAGAGCAACUUCCGCUCGCUCCAGGUCAGCCGCAUCCCCGGCACGGGGGAGCUGGUGCCCCCUAACACCAUGGCCAUGACUGUGGUCACCAAGGAGAAGAACAAGAAAGUGAUGUUCCUGAGCAAGAAACCAAAAGAGAAAGACCUGGAGCCCAAAAGCCAAGUCAUCGAAGGGAUCACGCGCCUCAUCUGCACAGCCAAGCACCAGAACACCAUGUUGCGAGUCUCCAUAGAUGGGGUGGAAUGGAACGAUGUGAAGUUUUUCCAGCUGGCAGCGCAGUGGCCGACGCACGUCAAGUACCUCCCCGUGGGCAUCUUUGGCUACUCGAAGAGCGUGUGAGGCAGGGGGCAGCCCCGGGAUGGAGCUGUGGAGGGUUGUAGGGGACGGGGGGGGGGGGGACGGGGGGGGGGGGGUGGACAUGUGCUCCUUGCCCCCUCUCUUCUGCGGCCCAGCCCCUGCCUGCUCUGCAGAGGGAGAUGGCGCAGCCGCGCCGGGCCGAGACCCGGGAAGGUGAGGCCAGUGAGAACCGGGUCCGUGCACCCUCCCAACACCAGCCAGGGCACCACGCCAUCCGCCUCCCGUGACACCCACCCCCCCCCCCCCCCACACACACACACACCCCCCUCCCCAAACCCCUGCUCCCCCCCCCCCGCCACCCCCAGCAGCCCGGGACAAGGGUUGGCGCCAGCCGAAGGGCUCUGGGUCCCGCUCUCCCCCGAGGCGCCAGCUGGGCUGGAGCCAGCAGGAUUGCUGGGGCCGGCGGCGGCGGGGAAGGUGCCGGCCCCUCGCCAGCCCGGCGCUGCUGUGCCUGCCCCGACCCCGCGGGGCUGAGCCUCCGCAGCUUUUCCAGCCUCGCCGCAGCCUCGCUGCCGAGGCUGGCAACAGCGCUGCCGAGCCUGUUCCCCCCUCCCUCCUCAUCUCCCCCGGCCCCUCCUGACCAGCCCUGCCCCACGGUGCUGCCAGCUGGAGGUGUGGCACGGGGGGCACCUGGGUUUUUUUUUUACAAGAUUCUAUUUUUU